AUGAGCGAAUACCAUUAUCGUGCAGACGGAGGCUUUGAUAUGAGAUACUCUUCAUCAAAAGCUGCUUGCUCUAUGAGACUUUGCAACAGUAGAGGCUUUUCUAAUUCUUCUUAUUCAUAUCCAUGCUCACCAUCAAUUUCGAGUUCAUCAUCAAGCGGAUAUCAUUAUCGUCAAGAUGGCGGUCUUGAUAUGAGAUAUUCCUCAUCUAAGGCUGCAUGUGCAAGCGGAUAUUGUGAUAACAGAGGAAAUAUGUAUUCUUCAUCAAAUUUGAAAUCAGAAUCAUCAACAAACGUUAAAAGUGAAACCAAACCAGUUGAAGUCAAAUCCGAAAAGAAUUCCUCAGUAGGUCAUAAGUCACCAAAGGAGAUUGAACGUUCAGAUCUUGGUCGCACAAAGUAUGGAUCAAAAGAAGAUGGAACGAAUGCAAGUCAUAUUAUGUCUUACCGCGUUAUUAACGCCAUUCUCAGUACACAGCCUGGAAGACCAAUGUCUGAAGAGAACAAGAAGAAUAUAAUCAGACAACUCAAUGAUAGAGAAAACUUGCGCAACAAGAGUCGCGCAGGCAACAUGUAUGGCAAUGAUGGUUAUUCUGGUGAUGAAUACUACGAUCAGCAGAUCGAAGAUGUAAUCAGAGGAAAUAAAGAUCAUUUAACAAAUCAACGCUGUGUUGAUCGCCUCCAAAGACAAUGGGCACGCGUCCAACAGUCUAACAUACCAACAAACGUAAAGGAGGCAAUCAGGGAAAGCUUUUCAAAGAUCCACGAUCAAGAUGGACAUGUCAUCAUUCGUUCAAAUGCUCCUUUAAAUUGA